AUGGACAGAUACAUACUUACAUACCCCCGAGGUCGCGCGAGAGCGGGGGAGGAUGAGCGACCUGUUGGGACGGAAAAUCAGGAUACAACUAGGCAACGAAAAACGACGACGAAUACGAACAGUGGAAAUGUAUGCAGCUGUGGGAAAGUAUGCAAGAAUGAAAAGGGGCUUAAAAUCCACUUGGGGAGGAUGGGAUGUAAGCCAGAUCAGCAACUAACACAACGCACAGGGCAACCUGGUGAGACGGAGGAGGAAGUGGUUCAGGACGAAGACCACAGCGACCGCAGCCUCCAUGUCUUAGGUAACGACGAGGCUUCAUACAGUGAAAGUCAUGACAGCGAGAACAAUAACCAAUCACAGAGCAUCAAUCAACAGCAAGAAGAGAUGGGAGACAACAGGGGUGCUGACAGUAAUAUAAGAAAGAAGAAAGUAAAAUGGCCCAACAGUAACAACAAAAGCAACUGGGAACAGUUUGACCAAGAUGUGGAUGCAAUUCUGAACACAACUCUUGCAGGCAGUAUUGACAGGAAAAUAGAAGCUAUGACAUCAAUUAUAUACAGCGUAGGUCUAGACAGGUUUGGUGCAGAACAAAGGAAAAAGUCACAAAAAGAAGGAAGGAAGAACAGGAGAGAGAGGGAAAUAGCGAAGAUGAGAAAAGACCUGGGGCAGCUUCGUAAGCAGUAUAGGAAGGCUACCGAUGAGGAGAAACCGGCCCUAUCACAGUUACGAAAUAACAUCAGGGAACAUCUCAAGAUAGCAGGAAGAGCAGACAGAAGUAGGCGUAGAAGGAAACAGCGAGACAGAGCAAGAGCAAGAUUCACAGCAGACCCAUUUCAGUUUACAUCAAGAUUACUAGGAAAUAAAGGGUCUGGAUCAUUGAAAUCUUCGAAGGAAGACGUUGAGGAAUAUUUGAGGGAGAUGUACAGUGAUCCACAUAGGGAGGAAGAGUUAGGGGAGUGGGAGAAGUUGAUACAACCGGAAGAACCAAAUCAACCCUUUGAUGAAUCACCACCAAAACUAAAAGAAGUAGCAGAUGUUAUCAAGAAAGCUAGAGCAGCAUCAGCACCAGGACCAAAUGGUGUUCCUUAUAAAGUUUAUAAGAAUUGUCAACGGUUGACAAAGCGCCUCUGGAAACUGAUAAGAGUGAUUUGGAGGAGGGGCAGAUUGGCAGAUAGCUGGUACAGAGCAGAAGGCUGUUUUAUUCCCAAAGAAGAGAAAUCAGAGGCAUUGAAACAAUUUAGGACUAUAUCGCUCCUGAACGUAGAAGGGAAGAUAUACCUCGCAAUUUUAGCGAGGAGAAUGUCUAGGUACAUGCUUGAGAAUCAGUAUAUUGAUAUCGCUGUGCAGAAGGGAGGAGUACCCAGAGUAUCAGGAUGUAUUGAGCAUACAAGUGUACUGACACUGAUUAUCCGGGAAACAAAGGAGUCCAAAGGGGAGUUGGCAGUCAUCUGGCUAGAUCUAGCCAAUGCAUAUGGGACAGUUCCCCAUAAACUAGUCGAGCUGACACUUGAAAGAUACCAUGUACCAGAGAAGACGAGGGUAGUUUUAAAAGACUAUUUUGACCAUCUUCAAAUAAGAUUCACAGUACAGGAUUACACAACAGCAUGGCAACGCUUAGAAGUUGGAAUAGUCACAGGAUGCACCAUAUCCGUAAUGCUAUUUUCAGCAGCAAUGAACAUGAUAGUCAAGUCAGUGGAGAAGAAGAGCAGAGGGCCAUGGAUGAAGUCAGGAGUACGCCAACCACCUGGGAGAGCAUUCAUGGAUGAUAUGACAAUAACAACCAAAACAGUUAUUGAAGCCAAGUGGACAAUACAUGAACUAGAACAAGCUAUCACUUGGGCAAGAAUGAAAGUAAACCCAAGCAAGUCCCGUAGCUUAGUGAUAAAGAAUGGAAAAGUAAAAGAAGUAAGAUUCAUGAUUGAAGGAGAGGCAAUACCAACAGUCUCAGAGAAGCCAGUAAAGUGUUUAGGGAAAUUCUUUAAUGACACAUUAACAGACAGACAAAAUGUGAAAAAAAAACAUGCAGACAGCUGGAUGAAUGGAUGA